UUCUGACUUCAUCCGAACUACAAGUACAUCCCUAUCACCACGGAGAAUUCUCACUGACGACAUACCCGUGAUAUGGGAUCGAUGAUAUAUUAGCGACAGUCAGCUCCUCUCGGUUGACUUUGGCUCGCGAAACGUCGUGCAAUCUGCACUCCUUCACAGUGUGUCAGGCGUCAGAUCUCAGGUCUCAGCGGUUCUAUUCACGAACCUGAUUUCCCUUGGCUAAAUGCUUGGCUGGCUCGUCCACCGUAUCAAUCCAACAUUCCACUCAUGACAUUGGUCAUCUUCUGCCACUCUCCCCAUUUAACCAACCAAUUUAGAUCCAGGGUCUUCAGCCUGCCCUGGCAACAUCGUACGGGAACCUUUAUCCACAAUUAACAUCCGUAGUAAGGCUGUGCUGUGCAAGUUUGUAAUUCCUCUCCUAUUCUCUCCCGUCAUUCUCUACUCACAUUCCCCUAUUGAUCUUCUAAUCCAGCGGGCUCCGAAUGUAAGUUAUCUAUCUUUUAAGCUUACUUUGUACUUUUUGUUUUUCUACCGCAUCAUCAAUAUCCCUUGGAUUGUCUUUGUUUGCCUUGUCACUCGCUCGCUCUCGCUACAUUUCGACACUCUUUUUAUUCCCUUUAUUGUACAUACCUCGAACACACCAUCUUCGAGUAUCUCACACGCCAAUUCGAGUACGCAUCAUCUAUUUGAAUACACUCAAUAUAAAACGAUACGAUAAUCCCUCACGAUGCGCUUCAUCCCAGCGGUCGCCCUAUGCGCGCUUGCUGGACAAGGUGCAAACGCAGCACUCGUAGCCGAUCUCACAACCACAGCUGGAAUCAAAACAACAGCAAAGACCUUGGCAACGGACCUAUUAAGUUUCUAUACCGGAAAUCGUGUAGGAGAUACUCCAGGAAAUUUACCCGAUCCUUACUAUUGGUGGGAAGCGGGAGCAGUGUAGGUUUGGAAUUCUCGGAUCAAUCUCAGGCCACUGACAUUCUUCAGGUUUGGCACCAUGAUUAAUUAUUGGUACUAUACCGGUGAUGAAUCAUUCAACGCAAUCACCUUGCAAGCCAUGGCACAUCAAGUUGGAGACGAUUAUGAUUAUAUGCCAUUGAACCAGACGAAAACACUAGGAAACGAUGAUCAGGGAUUUUGGGGUAUGUCAGCUAUGAUGGCCGCAGAAGCCAACUUCCCUGAAGCCCCAAAACCAGUUCCUGGAUGGUUAGCGCUAGCACAAGGUGUUUUUAAUACUCAAGCGAGUCGAUGGGAUGACAAGACUUGUGGGGGAGGUUUGAGAUGGCAGAUUUUCCCUUUUAACAAUGGUUACGAUUACAAGAAUACCAUUUCGAAUGGCUGCUUCUUUAAUUUGGCUGCGAGGUUGGCUUUGUAUACUGGAAAUAGUACGUAUACGGAUUGGGCGACCAAAACUUGGGAUUGGGUGUACAAUGAGGGAUUGGUGGAGCCAGGAACAUACAAGGUCUUUGAUGGAACCAAUAUCCGUGAUAACUGCACAUCCAAGGACCACAACCAAUGGACUUAUAAUGCUGGAAUAUAUCUCCUCGGAGCAGCAUCAAUGUACAACAUGGUAUGUAUCAUUCCUCUGGAAGUAGUCUCAACUAACUCGUCUAGACCACUGGAAAUGUCCAAGCUCAAUGGCAAGAACGAGUCUCAGGACUCCUCAACCAAACCGUCGCAACCUUCUUUGCCAACGGCGCCCCCAUGCGCGAGCUCUGCGAAAGCACUCAACCAGGCGUCGCCUCAAAAUGUAACACCGAUCAACGCUCCUUCAAAGGCUACCUCGCCCGCUGGAUGGCCGCCACCUCCCGUAUCGCGCCCUUCACCCAACCCACCAUCGCACCCCUCCUUGCCAACUCCGCCGCCGCAGUCGUCAAGACCUGUUCCGGUGGCAACUCAGGGACCCAAUGCGGAUUACGAUGGGACACCGGCGCCUUUGACGGCUCGAACGGUGUUGGAGAGCAGAUGGCUGCGCUGGAAGUCGUGCAGGGGAAUCUGGUCGGGCAGGCGAAGGAUUGGGCGAGUCGAGUGAAGGGGACGGGGAACUCGACGGAGAAUAAUGAUGCCGGGGCGACGAGUCAGACGGCGGCGACGUUGUUGAAUAAGCCGAUUACGACGAAGGAUCGAGUGGGCGCGGGGUUCUUGACGGCGCUGGUGAUGAUUGGGGUUGUGGGGGGGAGUGCGACGUUGAUGAUUUCCGAGUAGAUUGUUCUUUUUUGUCUGUGUUUUUGUUUGUUUGGAAAGUGGGAAUUGGCGAUGGUAAAUUUAGUAUUUAUUAUUUAUUAGUAAAGUUGAGGGAGCUUGGGGGGAGUAAUUGAUACCAUGUUUGUUGCUGAGUUGAUGUGGAAGAUAUACCAAUUGGGCGUUGUUUUUUUUUUUCUCUUCUUUCUUUUUCUUUUGUUUUCUUUGGGUCUCUGGGGUUUUGGGGGUUUGCGUAGAUAUAUUUAUAGGGAGUAGAGUGGAGUAGAGGAGAGUAGAGGAGAGAAAAUGGAAAGGUAUUUAAGCUAUCUAUUACUACCUGGUUAAUAAAAGCUGGUCAGGUACGUUUCUUUUGUUGUGUUUUGUUGGUUUAAGCGAG